AUGAACAAUUUGUUGGACGACACGGAUCAAAUCAUCACAGUGGCAACCUCGGUCGCUUUCGUGGCGGCACCUCUCCUCUAUUACCGAAUCACCAAUUAUUUCUGGAACAGACACAACAAACCGCAUCCACUGGCCACGAUUCUCAAGGCACAGGGCAAUCAAAUCAAGCCACCCUUUCCUCAAACAGUCCGAGAUUUAUUGUCCAAAUGCAAUCUGGCCUACCUUUCCACCAUUGAUCAAGACCUCUCGAGCUCGCAUUUGAGUCUCAUGCGAUUUACCUAUUUGAAUGACCCUGACGAUGGGGAAGUUGUCAUCAUGAGUACCAACACACAAACCAAAAAGUUUGGAAUGUUGCAAAAACAGAAAGGAGUGGCAUUAUUGAUACAUGAUUUUGGAUCGGGUGGGAAUUAUGAAUGUGGGGCGUAUUCCAUUACCCUGAAUGGGGAGUGUCGGAUCGUGGACGCGCCUCAAAAGGCAGAAGAAUAUCGGCAAGCACAUUUAAAACACAAUCCGGAAUAUCCGCAAUUCAUUGUGGGAGAACACAUUGCCAUUUUGUGCAUUGAUGUCAAGUCGGCAAGGAUUUGCAACAUUAACGAUCAAGUGAUCAAAUGGGAUGUCUCUGAUAAUCAUAUUGGUACUGCCAGCGGUAAUAGGACGGCGACGGCGGAAGUAUCCACCAAUGGUAGCAGUAAAGGAGCACCGACAGUAUUGCGGGUAUAG